AUGGCAGGCCAAAUGGAUCCAGCAAAGACGGCAGAUCAAAUCCAAUGCCGAAGAUACGAAGGGAAGGUGGUGCUGAUUACUGCUGCUACUAAAGGGUAACUUUUAUUACAAGCUUUUAAAAUUUUGUAUUUUGGGCAAAAAGUAUAUAAAAUUUGAAUUCCCGUCCAAAAAUAUAUAUAGAAAAUUAACUAAAAACAAAAUUACAGGAUAGGCCUAGCCAUGUGCGAACGCUUCGCCCGAGAGGGUGCCAAACUGUCGAUAAGUAGUCGAAAACUGGAGAAUAUUCAAGAAGCGAAGAAGCAUCUGGUCGAGGAAUGCAAGUUCGACCCCAACAAUAUAUUGGCAAUGGCUUGUGAAGUAGGAACAGCCGAGGAUCGUCGUCGUAUUGUCGAUGCUACCGUGCUCAAAUUUGGCCGAAUAGAUGUUUUAGUAUCACAUGCUGGGAUUAAUCCGAUUGUAGGUGGAGUUAUGGAGUAUACUGCCAAGCACUUUGACCGGAUGAUUAAUAUUAAUGUAAAGGCUUGUUUUGAAUUGACAAGGCUUGUGGCUCCUAUCAUGAAAAAGAAUGGGUAAGGGUAUUAGAUACUAUAUUCUAGUACCUCGUUUAGUAUUUUAGUACUAUGUUGUACCAAAAGUAAUAUUACAUUUGGUACUAUUUAGUACUUUUAGUACAAUAUUGUACCAUGAGACUAGUUUUUAGUACCAUCUUUCUAAAUACCUUUAUUCCAGAGGUGGCGCCAUAGUAUUCACAUCAACAAUAUCAGCACAUCGCAUGUCACCAGGCCUACAAAUCUACGGUGCAACGAAGAUACCUUUGCAUUCGCUAACAAUGGCCUUAUCAAAUGAAUUGGCACCUCAUAAAAUACGUGUCAACACUGUAUCGCCGGGUAUUAUCUACACCAACAUGAGUCGAGUGGUACGUUUUUAGGCUUCAAAGUAAUACUUUGUACAAAAAGUAGUAACUUUGCUACUGUAAUAGUGUAAAAAAGAGGGUUCAGUACCAAGUUGAGCCAGAAAAACAGAUUUUAGUACUAUUGAUACUGUUUUCGGUGCUAAUUAGCACUAAAGAAAGUGUUUUUAGUAUAAUAUAGUACUAAAAGGUUAACUUUUCUGUACUUUUUUAGCUUCGUACUGAAUCUCAAAACUAUUUUCUUGCUUCGUACUAUACCAAAAACCUAAUUUUUAUCUUCGUACUGUGUCACAAAUUUCAUUUUUACCUCCGUACGGUAUCAAAAACUUAAUAUUUUUCAUCGUACUGCACUUAAAACCUACUAACUUGCUUCGUACUAUACCAAACUUCUAAUGUUUUCAGUUAUGGGAUGACAAGCACAAAUGGCACAAGCAAGCCGAAGGCUCAGGCAAAGGCGGCCAAAGUGUUUGGGGUACCUUUGGCUAUCCAGAACAAGUGGCUAGUGUUAUGGCUUAUAUCUGUUCGGACGAUGCUAGUUUUGUCACCGGGGAAAUUCAUGCUGUCAACGGUGGGAUUGAUGCAAGAUUGUAA